CCCAAAGGUCACACCUCCCAACACGGUUGCAUGGGGGAUUUCAGUUUCCAACACAUGAAUUUAGGGGGACACAGUUAGACCACGGCACCGUAUUUCCUGUUAAUAUGCGCGUCUCUGCAAUGAAGGUCUCUGGACAUCGCGGUCUGAGCACAUUUCUGGCUAUUUUUAAGAUUGCAUUCCUGGGAAUGUUGGUGAAUUGAUGGGUGACCAAAACGUUCUUUUUUUCGUGAGAGGCAGUGGCUAAGGGCAUAGACCCUAGAGUCAAAUUGCCUGGGGUUGAAUCCUAGCUCUGCCACUUACAGGCCGUGUGACUCCGGACAAGUCACUUCAUCUCUCUGUGUCUGCAAAUGGGCACAGUAGCAGCACCAACCCCCCGGGGCUGUUGCAUGAGUUAAACGAGUGACUGUGCGGGAAGCACCUGGAGUUGCCUAGCACGCGGCGUAUAUACUACAAAGUGUUUCUUCUCCUCCUUAUCUUCCUCCCCUUAUUAUUACUAUAAUCGUAUAAUUACUGUUUUUUUUCUCCCUGUAAAAUGGAGCGUCACAGUGGAGCUGCCACCCAGGGACAGUCAGGAGGGCCGUCCUGGAGAUGACUAAGACAUUUCUGACUCAGCUGGGGUCGGCAGCCGCACUGCGAGGAGAGCUGAGCCUUGGCGGACACUUCUCAUGGAGGAAGGCUGGCCCUGAAACCUGGAGGCUGAAUCUUUCCCAACAAACAGAAACAUACUUAUGCACGUCACCUCCAGAGUGCUGGCCCUUGUAAACUGUGCCGCGGUGGCGCGAACCAUUUUGGGGAAUCUCCUUCCUCUGCCAUCACCCCAAUCUGAACUAGCCGCGCCCUGAACAUUUAUUUGGUUAGAGCUCCUUUUUCAAACAUCAGCGAUCGUGCUCAGGUUUACAGUUAUUUGUGCCUGAGUCCACCUCCCACGCUGGCUUGCGACCCUGUAUCCCCUGGCCUGCGUGCAGCGUUAAUGCGUCAUAAACACUGGCUUUGUUGCUCAGUUGUGUGGAGACCCCAGGAGCCUUCUUCUGAAUGUCCCCAGCGUGGCCAAUCUGUCAUCUGGCGGGUGGAUGUGACUCUAGGAGACCACACAAAGUGAUUCUGUGUCAAGUUUGCUGAAUGAAUUGACCCAUGCCAAUUCUGUCCUAUAAAUAAAUUUACAAGACUGGUUUUCUUGAGUGCCUCGUAAGCCAGGGUCUAGCUGCCAUUCUCCCAGAAGCGUUCCAGAAAGAAUGUUGAGCCGGGCCUUAGACCAGGCGUGGGGCGUCUGUGGGGCGUCAAGGCUGACUGCGCGGCUCAUCCCGCAUGGGCUGCAAUGCUGAGAUUGGCCACCAGAGGGGGGCCGUGUUCCAGACCCCACCACGGAGGCUCCGCAACUGCUCCAAGAACUUUAGCUUAUAAAGACGGCGGCGGGAGCGGCGGCAGUCCAUAUCUCAGCCAGUACCUAGUGGCGCUGCGGUGCCUCCUCAGGACAUCUCCGGAUUGCUGCCCGAGGCGGGCACCGGGACAGGGACUCCAGGUGCAGACUCCCACUCAGAGUCUCCGAGGCACAGACCCCCCGUGUGCCACAGGUUGAGUCUUGCCUCCUGCAGAAGUGACCCUCUCCAUCCUGCCGGGAGUCCAGUCCCUGGAUGCCCUGCAGCCUCGUUCUAUGACUCCGUCUGGAUUUGGCUGGCUGUGGGGACAAGCUCGGAGGGGCUGCCUGGGACUCAGUGUGGUGGCAGCCAGCUCUCCAGCCACCAUGGCUGAUGCUGGGAACUGAGAGGACAGGCUCUGCAGCCCCAGCCAGGGACACUCAGGACGUGAUGGAGAACAAAGCCAUGUACCUGCACACCGUCAGCGACCGCGACACCGGCUCCAUCCUCGAGGAGCCCUUUGACGGGAGGAGUCUGUCCAAGCUGAACCUGUGUGAGGACGGUCCAUGCCACAAACGGCGGGCGGGCGGCUGCUGUACCCAGUUGGGCUCCCUGUCAGCCCUGAAGCAUGCUGUCCUGGGGCUCUACCUGCUGGUCUUCCUGAUUCUCGUGGGCAUCUUUAUCUUAGCAGUGUCCAGGCCGCGCAGCUCCCCAGAUGACCUGAAGGCGCUGACCCGGAACGUGAACCGGCUGAACGAGAGCUUCCGGGACUUGCAGCUGCGGCUGCUGCAGGCUCCGCUGCAGGCGGACCUGAGCGAGCAGGUGUGGAAGGUGCAGGACGCGCUGCAGAACCAGUCGGACUCGCUGCUGGCGCUGGCGGGCGCGGUGCAGCGGCUGGAGGGCGCGCUGUGGGGGCUGCACGCGCAGGCGGCGCAGACGGAGCAGGCGGUGGCCCUGCUGCGCGACCGGACGGGCCAGCAGAGCGACGCGGCGCAGCUGGAGCUGUACCAGCUGCAGGUGGAGAGCAACGGCAGCCAGCUGCUGCUGCGGCGCCACGCGGGCCUGCUGGACGGGCUGGCGCGCAGGGUGGGCGUCCUGGGCGAGGAGCUGGCCGACGUGGGCGGCGCGCUGCGCGGCCUCAACCACAGCCUGUCCUACGACGUGGCCCUGCACCGCACGCGGCUGCAGGACCUGCAGGUGCUGGUGAGCAACGCCAGCGAGGACACGCGCCGCAUGCGGCUGGCGCACCUGCGCAUGGAGCUGCAGCUCAAGCAGGAGCUGGCCAUGCUCAACACUGUCACCGAGGACCUGCGCCUCAAGGACUGGGAGCACUCCAUCGCGCUGCGGAACAUCUCCCUCGCCAAAGGGCCACCGGGACCCAAGGGUGACCAGGGGAAUGAAGGAAAGGAAGGCCAGCCUGGCAUCCCUGGAUCGCCUGGACUUCGAGGUCUGCCAGGGGAGAGGGGUACCCCAGGGCUGCCUGGCCCCAAGGGUGACGACGGGAAGCUGGGGGCCACAGGACCGAUGGGCAUGCGUGGGUUCAAAGGUGACCGAGGCCCGAAAGGAGAGAAAGGAGAGAAGGGAGACAGAGCUGGGGAUGCCAGUGUCGUGGAGGCCCCGAUGCUGAUCCGCCUGGUGAACGGCUCGGGCCCGCACGAGGGCCGCGUGGAGGUGUACCACGACCGGCGCUGGGGCACCGUGUGCGACGACGGCUGGGACAAGAAGGACGGGGACGUGGUGUGCCGCAUGCUGGGCUUCCGCGGCGUGGAGGAGGUGUACCGGACGGCCCGGUUCGGGCAAGGCUCGGGGAGGAUUUGGAUGGACGACGUCGCCUGCAAGGGCACAGAGGACAGCAUCUUCCGCUGCAGCUUCUCCAAAUGGGGGGUGACAAACUGUGGUCACGCCGAGGACGCCGGGGUGACGUGCAACAGAUACUGAAAGCCGAGGCUGGGGCCCUGCGCCAGCCUCCUUCCCGCAGCCCGGGUGGGGGCAGGCUCGGGGCCACCUGACCACACCCCUGCCUGCCCAGCCUAGCACCCCCAGUCCCCAGCCCCCGGCCCAGGGACGUGGGGGCCUGUUGACAUUGUCCUCUUGGCGACUGCUCCAAAGUGCGACUCUGGGAUCUCCUGGUCCCUCCCUCCCUCCCACCAGGGUCCCUGCAGGGGAGGCCGGGUCAGCUGGAUGGCGACCCCGCCCAGCCUUCCCAACACGUGCACCGGACCGCAGUGGCCACGCUCCCCUGGGCCUGCUAGCUGCAGGCGGAUGCUGAGAGCAUGUCAGAGACGAGUGCCUCGGUGGAGAUGGGAGGUGUUGUGGAUCGUUUACCCUUCAGAUAAUUCCCAGACCUCGGCUAGGCCGAAUGUUCAUCUUCCUCUCCAGCAAGAGGCAACGCUGAGUGACGCGCCUCCCCCCUCACUCUGCCUCUGCACACCGUGUGCUAGUCUGGGGACGUGACGCCCGGGAAGCCAGCUGUAGGAGUGAGAGGGACAUGCAAGACCCCCGCAGGAAUCCAGCUAGAUUUGCAGACGGGGAAUGAACCUGACGUUGAAUGUCUACCACACUGUGCCAGAUGGUAUCUUGGGUGCUAAACUCAUUUAUCCACUUUGCGGUGUUGGUCUGAGGCCUGUCAGUCUGGGAGGACCUCACCUCCAGGCAGCACUUAUCGGGCCCCUCCCCUGGCCCACGAGUCAGAAGACAGAAUGGCGGAGUCUGUGUUCCCAGCUGAACCUUAGUGUGUCUUUCCUAGGCCUGAGCAAGAAGCGUGGGCUCAAGACACGUGUGACUAGAAAGUUGCACAGCUCUGAGGCCGGGCGCGGUGGCUCACGCCUGUAAUCCUAGCACUCUGGGAGGCCGAGGCGGGCGGAUCGCUCAA